AUGCAAGAGUUAUUGCAGUUAACUAUGCCACCUAUGCCACCAGUUGUAGUAGUUUCGAAUCGAGAAGAAGAUGCGGUUAAUACUGAACCUUCUAUGAGCGGUCGGCAAAUUAUUGGUAUCAUCUACCCACCACCGGAUAUCAGAACUAUUGUCGACAAGACAGCAGCAUUCGUGGCUCGAAAUGGAGUUGACUUCGAAAAUAAAAUCAGGGAAAAGGAAGCUUCUAAUCCGCGAUUCGGUUUUUUGAGCGUGACAGAUCCAUACAAUGCAUAUUAUCAGCAUAAGGUUGUCGAAUUUUGUGAUGGCAAAACUGCAGAACCCACAGUGCCGCGUCCUCAAAUACCAGAAGCAGUUGUAGAACACGUAAAGCAAGCAGAGUUCAUUCCUCGAAAUCCCCCACCUCCUUUCGAAUUUGAUGCUGAUCCAGCAACGAUCAAUGCAUUUGAUUUAGAUUUAAUCAAGCUCACGGCAUUAUUCGUGGCACGAAAUGGGCGACAGUUCUUGACUUCAUUGAUGAAUCGUGAGUCAAGAAACUAUCAGUUCGAUUUCUUAAAACCACAACAUUCAAAUUUCAACUAUUUUACAAAACUUGUGGAACAGUAUACCAAAAUUAUUGUCCCGACCAAAAGUAUCAUUGAUGAUUUAAAAAAUGAGGAAGGUGAUUCGAAGAAGCUGCUAGAAAAUGUAAAGUACCGCGUUGGCUGGGAAAAAUAUCAGCGUGCACAAAAAGAAAAGGAGGAUGCUGAGGUCGAGAGAGAAAGAAUAGCAUAUGCGCAAAUCGAUUGGCAUGAUUUUGUUGUGGUUCAAACUGUCGACUUUCCAAUAAAUGAUACAGCUACUCUGCCACCAUUUUGUUCAUCUAAGGAUGUGGGUGCACGAAUUUUGAUGCAGCAAAGACAAGAGGCUGCAGCAAAAGCAGCGGCAGAGGAAGCAGUAGAAAUGGAUGUUGAGUCUGAUUCAGAUGAAGAACAAGAUAUUCGCAAUGAAGUUUUCAAUGAUGAAGCAGAUAAUAGAAUUGAUCAGAUGAAAAAAGCUCCAUACGAAGUAACUCAGCCAAUACCUGCACCACCUUCUGAGGAUACUGUCAUAAUCAGAGACUAUGACCCUAAAAAAUCAGUAUCUGCAAGAAAAGCAGCGGAUAAGUGGAUUAUUUCUCCUCUCACUGGUGAACGAAUACCAGCAGACAAAUUACAGGAACAUAUGCGUUACAAUACUGUUGAUUCACAGUACAAAGAACAGCGUGAAAGAGAAAUUUCGGAUCGCAAUGAAGAAGAACCAGUCUAUGCGCCAGGUGCUGAUAUUAGCACCAAUAUCGGCAAAUUUGCAGAACGUCGAACGGAUAUCUUUGGUCACGGUGCAGAACAAACUAUUAUUGGCAAAAAACUUGGUGAGGAAGAAGAAACGGUACGUGGUCCUGAUCCGAAGCUUAUUUGGGACGGUCAGCAAUCUACUAUUGAUCAGACAACAAAACUAGCUCAACAAAGCAUUACUCUGGAUCAGCAGAUUAAUGAGAUUCAUAAACAGCAUGGCUAUAUUGCUGAUCCAAGCAAAGAAAGAAUAGGACCUGGCGCUGUACCGCCUCCGCCACCUUUACCCAUUCAGUCUAUUCCUACUCCAACCACAACAGCGGUAGCCGUCAUACCACCAGUAACAGUACCAACUUUAUCCUUGAGUACUGCAGCAACAGUCACUACUACAGCAACAUUGACUUCAACAGUUGCACCAAAAGUAACUAUCCCCCCAGUGCGCCCAGCGAUACCACUUCCACAGGGCGUACCAGCUCCGAUAUCGUCUACACAGAUUGUCAGACCACCUGUUAUACCUCAAAUUCCCAUUCGACCUCCACCACCCCCACCACCACCACCGCCUGGGUUUGUUUUUUCAAGACAGAGCUAUGAAAAACAAUGUGCUGCGAACAUUAUAAAUUGUGCAAUGUCGUUUCCUACUAUGCCAUUCCCAGGAACUCCAAUGCCAAUUCCACCAAUUCAGAUGCCAAUCAUGAGACCGCCAAUUGCUGUUCCCAUCAUACCAAUCCCAGUCAUUCCACAAUCACCACUUGCCGUUCGCACUCCUGCUACACCAGUAGUGCCACCAAUUCCAUUACCUCCAGCUUCAUCUUCACUUGCAACCGAUACAACAACUGUAACUAGCACUGCUGCUCCAGAUGAGGCUCCACCUGCGAAGAAAUCUCGUACUGAAGACGAUCUGGAAAGUGAAGCCUCCUGGCUUGAAAAAGUCAGCGGGUCGAUUACUGUUAUCGUUCAGAUUCCGGGCACCUCUCCAAAUCCAGAUUGGAGACUUGAUGGAAGACGCUUAAAUAUUUCAAUUGAUGUUUCUGCUCCGGUAUCUACUCUUAAGAGUAUAGUUCAAGAUGAAACAGGAUUGCCAUGUACGAAGCAGAAACUGGCUCAUGAAGUACGAUUUUUAGAAUUCUUGAAAUCUGUUCUUGAAAUUCUGGAAGGACUAUUUCUGAAAGAUGCUUGUACUUUAGCGUAUUAUAAUAUGGAUUCCGAAGCUACUAUAAUGCUUUCAAUUAAAGAAAGAGGUGGGAAAAAGAAGUGUUGA